CUUUGAAAUUCCUUGGUUCUUCGUUCCCAUUACGCGUUUCCCUCUACUUCACGUCCCCCACCGUCGUCUCACCUAUAAAUACAUCUCCUCUUCCCUCUCUCAUGUCCAAGAGACAUCAACCAAGCUAUAAUUCUUCCUUAAAUCCAUCCCUAGAUUCAUUUCUUUUCUUCUCGAUCCAAAAAUUCAGAAUGGUCGAUUUUGAUUGGAAAACAAAGAUGGUUACCUCUGAUACGUCCGCCAAAUCAUCCAAGCUCUCGAAUAAGCUCAGCAUCUCGCUUCCCUCGCCGGUUCGUGUCGGGGAUUUGUUGCCGGCAUCGGAUUCGGCGUGUUUGGCGUACGAACAUUAUCUUCGUCUUCCGGAGUUGAAGAAGCUAUGGAGUUGCAGCGAGUUUCCGGGCUGGAAAAACGAAUCUCUUCUCAGGCCAGCGUUGCAAGCUUUGGAGAUCACGUUUAGGUUUAUUUCAACGGUGUUGUCCGACCCGAGACCUUACGUGAAUCGGAGGGAGUGGAGGAGGAGGCUGGAGGGGCUCGCGACGAGCCAGGUUCGCCUAAUUGCUUUGCUCUGCGAGGACGAGGCUGAGGACGGCGAGGCAAGCAACGCUCCGCCUGUCGUCGAUUUGAAAUCAGCCGAAGGCAUGGUGUCUCGCAACGACAGCUCGGCGGAGGUCUGGAAUCUCGGGGGAGAGACCACGGUGGUGAGCCGGACCAGCGAAGCCAGUCUGCUGCCCCGGCUGGCCACGUGGCAGAAGUCGGAAGACAUCGCGCAGAAGAUCCUGUACACGAUCGAGUGCGAAAUGAGGAGGUGUCCGUACACCCUGGGUCUGGGCGAGCCGAAUCUGAGCGGUAAGCCGAGCCUCGACUACGACGUGGUCUGCAAGCCCUCGGAGCUUCACUCUUUGAGGAAAAGCCCCUCCGAUUCCAUGAACCUGAAGAAUCACGAGAACCAGACUCUGUACACGACGCACCAGAUCAUAGAGUCAUGGAUCUACGUCUCGCAGCAACUCCUCAACCGAAUUCUGGAGAGAAUCGAUUCGAAAGAGCCGGAAAAGGCUUCAAGUCUCUGCUGGCUUCUCGAGAGGACAUGGAAUCUGCUCUCCGACAUCGAGGAUCUGCAUCUCCUGAUGGACCCGGACGAUUUCCUGCGACUCAAGAACCAGCUCUCGAUCAAAGCCUCGUCGGAAUCGGAGGCGGCCUUCUGCUUCCGCUCGCGAGGCCUCAUCGAGAUCACGAAACAAUCGAAGGAACUGAAGCAUAAAGUUCCGGAGAUCCUCGGCGUGGAGGUGGAUCCGACGGGAGGGCCGAGGAUUCAGGAAUCGGCGAUGAAGCUCUACAGAAAGAAACGAGAGCCGGAGAAGGUUCAGUUGCUUCAGGCGUUGCAGGGGAUCGAAUCAGCGUUGAAGCGGUUCUACUACUCGUACAAGCAGAUGAUCGUAAUCGUGAUGGGGAGCCUGGAGGCCAAAGCAAAUAAAGCGUUUGAUUCGAGCGAUUCCUUGGCCGAGAUCUUCCUGGAGCCGACGUAUUUUCCGAGUUUGGACGCUGCGAAGACGUUUCUUGGAGAUUACUGGAGCCAGGAGCAUUGCCGGAACGGUGGUGCAGAGAGACGGACUCCGGCGAGCAACAACUGAACGUUACAAGAUUGGGAUUGGACCUUCACGGGGUGCGGUUGGAAUUAAUUAAUUAAUUAAUUUUGGUAGUCUUUAUUUUUCUUCCUUUAAAUUUUAAUUUUGUAUACCGUGCAUGAUACGCGCAUUACUUGGUUAUAUUUCUCUGUAACAUGAUUCUUUACAAGGAAUCUCAUUCUUUGCCA